UAAUGCCAAUGUUGCUUGUUUGAAUUCAACAUAUCUUCUCUUUCAGUUCAGAUUUUAUAAGAGAUUUCAUAGCAGAAAAGUACUCAGAGCAGCAAAAUCAGAAAUUUUUGGAAUUUAGAAAGAUGUAUGUAACAAGGCCUCUUUCUAUGUAUAAACAGUCUCCUUCAGAGCUUGAAUUACCUCCUCCUGAGGGUCCGAAUUCCGGUAUUCUGGUAAUCCUGGAUGAAGAAGCAGAACCAACUUGUUGUUUUGGAAUGUUCAAAAGUCAUGAGCUGAAUCGCCUGCCUUUCCCUCAAAACAAGAAGAUACGGAUUCGCUAUAAUAAUAAUAAUAAUAACAAUAAUAAUAAUAACAAUAGUACUUAUACACGCGCUGCAGCAUUCAUUCCUGUUCUUGAUCAACCAUUGUCUUCCAAUCGGUACUAUGCGUUACAGCCUCGAGGAAGUCAUAAAGGGGAAGCAUUCACAAAUUCAGCAGAGGAAGAUGUUGUCACUUGCUGUUUCUGCAAGUGUUUUCCUGACAUUGAACCACAGCCAGCAGAUCAUCGUGACAUAUAUCAACAAUUUGAGAUCUGUCCUCGGAGUUGGGGAGGCUUUGUUGCCAAAUCUGUAGCCCCAGAUGGGGUUCCUCCAACGUUCUUGAGGAGAAAAGGCUGGCGAGUGCUCAUCUCAACUCCUCGUAAUUUCACAUUAGGUGAAGCACCAGGGCUUGACACUGCCCUCCGAGCCCGCCUACCCGAAUUCAACUUCCCAUUAUCUCACAAGAGUUCAGAACCUAUGGUUGUUGGAAAAUGGUACUGUCCUUUCAUUUUCAUCAAAGAUGGAAGACCGAAAGACCAGAUGGCUGAAUCAAUGUAUUAUGAAAUGACACUUGAGCAAAGAUGGGAACAAGUUUUUGACGAUGACUAUAAUGAAGAUAACACCGUGGUCGUGGAUGCCACAGUUGAAAAAGAAGUAGUUAGAGUUGAUGGGAUGGAGGUUUUGCAAGAUGAGAGGGAAAUACUUGAUGGGGUGAUGUGGUUUAGGAGUUCUAGCGUAACAGGAGGGGAAGUAGCUAUUGGGUUAAGUUUGGCAAUCGUUGAGAGAAUGAAGUGGGAACAAGAAAGGUUUGGGUGGACUGCUGGAAAUGAAAGGCAAGAGAGGAUUCAAACAGUAGAGGAAUUUGGAAAGAAUGGUAAGUGGAACAAAUUUGGGUGUUAUGUGUUGGUGGAGAGGUUUGUAUUGAGAAGAAUGGAUGGAAGUGUGGCAUUGACCUAUGAUUUCAAGCAUACUCAUCAGAUCAGAAACAAAUGGGAGUGAUCAUUUAUGCUUCUUUUGUGCCUACGAGAAUUUUCUCCUGGUCAUGAUUGUGUAUAAUUUCUAAUAUAAAUUAGGUUACUGUAAUGAAGUUAAUUCUUCUUCGUUUGCUUUUUCCAACAAAUUUUGAAUCAAUAACACGAAAAUAUCUGAAUUCAACACAGUUGAACCAUUUCUUUCUACAAAAAUUGACAGUAGAUGACAUGCUGAAACCAACGGAAAACCACUAAGUUUUUGCCACUUUAUCUUACUACUAAUAUAAGAAUCAAGCGUUGUCCCGACAUCCCUUCUCCCACGAAAACGCCACACUACAGCACUGACAUAUGAUGACAAAAAGGGAAAAUGCUAAAGGGAGUGAGUGAAAGAACAAGGUUGCUUUCCAAUUUGGUCCCAACCAUGAUGAAGAAGAAGCAAUCCCCUGGUAGUGUAAUGAACAGAGCUAGACUGAUUAAUCAUAGUAUUAAGGAAGCUGAUGGUUCCCAAAAAAUAAAGAAAGCAAAUGAAGUAUCGCAGCCUUAAAGAAAAACCAAGGAAAACUAAAGAUAGCCUGAAGAAAAUGUACAUGACAAGGCCUCUCUCAAUGUACAAAAAGUUUGCUUCACAGUUGUUCUCAAUGCCUCCUGAAGGCCCGAAUUCUGGCAUCUUGGUGAUCCAAGAUGAAGAAUCCGAAGUAAUAAUAAGCUGUCGGAUUGUGCAAAUUGAAAGACUAUAGUGUCAAAGAGGCUGAAUAGAUUUAUAUGUUUCGUUUGGUUCCUUCGGUAUAUAUUUAGGUUGAACAGUGUUUGCAAGCUAUGAGAGUAGAGCACGACCUUGCCACUGCUACAGCAAAAAUUUUCUUGGUGACAGGCAGUAGCUGUCAAGUAUGCAGCAGCUUCUUGUUGAUCCUCCUCGAAAGCGGGCAGCAGCUUGUUCUACAUUGAAAUUCAAUGGCUUUCUUUAAUUAUUUUUCUCUUUUAAUGUCUCAGGUUUCAAACUAAAUCACGCAUGAAUGGUUGUGUGAACCUGUCUCAAGCUUUUCAGUUUGCAACGAAGUGAUUCACAAUUAUUACAGCAAUAAGCUAUAAGCUAGA